AUGGGAAACCCACCUGUCAAAGAUGUGGUUCAGCACCCUCGAACACAAUCCGGUGCUUCCCUCGAUUCACAAGCCUCAGUUGCCGACAACACUCACUUGAUUCGUCCAACACGCACUCUCUCCCGUAUUUCCACCAGCGACACCAUUGUAUACAAGGUGUACAAACGACGCUUCUUUGGUUUGACCCAGCUGGUUCUGUUGAAUAUCGUCGCUUCCUGGGGCUGGAUCACAUUUGCUCCCGUCUCUGAUACUGCUUCCCAGUUCUUCAACAUCUCGGAAUCCAAAAUCAAUUGGCUAUCGACAGCAUAUUUGUUCGCCUUUGUACCAGCUUCUGCCUUCAGUUCCUAUAUCUUGCAUCGAUUUGGUUGCAAGAUGUCCAUCAUGAUCUCCGCUGGCCUUCUCCUUGUUGGCAGUUGGGUGAAAUACGGCGCCACCUACAAAGCCAGCUUCGCUGGCGCCAUGUUUGGCCAACUGUUGCUGGGCUUUGCUCAGCCCUUCGUUUUGGCUUCUCCCACCUCAUAUAGCAACAUAUGGUUCAGUCCUCAAGGACGAACCGCUGCAACUGCCGUCGCCUCCCUUGCCAACCCAUUUGGUGCCGCUCUUGGUCAGUUGAUAUCCCCAUUUUGGGCCGACAAGCCUUCGGAUAUUCCCAACCUGGUUUUAUACGUCUCCAUUAUUUCUUCCAUCGCAUGUAUUCCCGCCUUCUUUAUCCCUUCGCGACCCCCGACUCCACCUUCAGCAGGUGCUACUUCCAACGAACAAAGCCAAGGCUUGAGCUCCAUGAAGAAAGAUCUUCAAGUCCUCCUUCAUUCCCCAGAAUUUUUCAUCAUAUUCCUAGCAUAUUCGACAUACGUCGGCCUCUUCAAUGCCUUUAGCAGUCUGAUCAAUCAAAUCCUUGAGCCAUACGGCUUCAGUGAAGACAAUGCUGGAAUUGCCGGAGCCAUCCUGAUUGUUGUUGGGCUUGUCUUUGCCGCCAUCUCGUCUCCAAUCAUGGACAAAUACAAAUUUUAUCUUCUGUUCAUGAAGUCGGCUGUACCCGUGGUUGGAAUCAGUUAUCUGAUUUUCCUUUGGGCCCCUGGUAGUCGAUCAUUGGCCUUUGUGUACGUGGUAGUCGCCUUGCUAGGUGCCGCAAGUUUUGGAAUGGUUCCGGUUGUUCUGGAGUUCUUGGUAGAGAUUCACUAUCCCUUGGGUCCGGAAUUGGCCAGUACGUUAUGUUGGUGUGGUGGUCAACUCCUUGGUGGCAUUUUUAUUGUCAUCAUGGACGCUCUCAAGGCUGGUGAUGGUGCAGAUCCUCCACAAAAUAUGCACCGAGCUUUGAUCUUCCAAGCGGUACUCGCCUUGUUGCCCGUACCUGCUGUCCUAGCCUUAGGACUGUUCGGCCGUCACGCGAACGUUAGACGGCGCAGAUGGGAAGCCGAUCAGAUUACUCAGGGUGGCAUAGGCCAGAUCAUUGAGGCUGUUGAAGAAGACGAACAAGGUGUUCCAGUGGGCGGGCAACCGCACCGGUGA